AGGGGCAGUAGUGAGUAGAGGAUGUCAGUCAGCACAUAAUGGGAGCAGCAGCAGAAGAAGGUUAGCUAAAUAAGACACAGUGUGGUCAACAAACAAACAACAAACAUCAUGACGCUGCACUUCUACUCCUUUCCUGCACAAACUCUGUUCUACGGCGGUAAGAAUGGACACCUUUGAUACAAUACUUACCAACAAACAUCAUGACGCCGCACUUCUACUCCUUUCCCGCACAAACUCUGUUCUACGGCGUUAAGGGCUGAGCUUGCUGGGUGGAGGUGGAGGUGGAGGUGGGAGUCGCUACCCAGAGCGUCCAUCGCCGCUGGCCGAUGCAGCGAUGCGGCACCACGGCUGGCUCCUGCGCGCUUGCGCCCUGGUGCUGCUCUUCCUCAUGUUCGUCACCAAGUUUAUCAGCUACAAAGCUGUCAACGACUAUGGCGAGGUGGCUGGUGUUCAGAACUGGACGUUGUCAGGACACAAGGUGGCAAAGCUUUCAAUGCCCACUUCUGGAAAAACUCUUGCACCGCAACAAGAUCAGUCCUCAGCUUCCCCUGCGACGACUGAGUGGGAAGGCGUUCUGGCCCAGCGAAUCCAGCUGCUCUCAACUGUUUGUAAGGACAGUCAACUCAGGAAUAGCACUCACGUCCCCAUCAGCAAGUUCGUCCUGGACCGCAUCUUUGUUUGUGACAAGCACAGCAUCUUGUUCUGCCAGACACCCAAAGUGGGAAACACCCAAUGGAAGAAGGUCCUCAUUGCUCUCAACGUCAAAUCCGUUGAAGAACGGACGGGGUACACAAGGAACCUACUCCAGUGUGGAGGAGAUCCCGGAGAACCUGGUCCAUGACCAUGAGAAGAACGGCCUGCCCCGCCUCUCCUCCUUCAAACCACAAGAAGUUGCACUCAGAUUGAACUCUUACUUUAAGUUUUUCAUCGUGAGAGAUCCAUUCGAGCGCCUGAUCUCCGCAUUUAAGGACAAGUUCAUCAAGAACCCCCGUUUUGAGCCGUGGUACAAGCACGACAUCGCUCCCGCCAUCAUUCGCAAAUACCGCAAAAGCCACCGCGACAGCGGCCUUUCCGCGUCCGGCUUGCACUUCGAGGACUUUGUGCGUUACCUGGGGGACACAGAGGGCCGGCGCCGCAUGGACCGUCAGUUUGGCGAGCACAUCAUCCACUGGGUGACGUAUGCCGAGUUGUGCGCGCCGUGUGACAUCCGCUACGACGUCAUAGGCCACCACGAGACACUGGAGCGAGACGCCGCCCACAUCCUGAGGAGAGCCGCCAUCGAUCAUCUGGUGUCCUACCCCGCCAUCCCUCCCGGCAUCACACGCUACAACAAGACCAAGGUGGAACGCUACUUCUCAGGAAUCAGCAAGCGGGACAUCAGGCGCCUCUAUGAGCGCUUCGAGGGGGACUUUCACUUAUUUGGAUACCCCACACCUGACUUUCUCCUCCUCUGACAUUCUGCAGGAAGUAACCAUCGACAACAACCAUAUUUAUGACAACAUUCUAUUCAAUGUGAAAGAGCAUGUUCCUUUGCACUCCUAUUUGGAUUAGUUUUAUAGAGUAUAACUCAGAAAUAACAUUUUUGUAUUUUCUCCACACUCGCCCAAGGUCUGUGAUGUUUCCUGAGAGAGGCGGCGCUAAAUAGAAGCACCUCUGAGGUGCGAUGAUGCCUUUAUUCUGCAUCAUUGUGCUUUUUCCAAGGUGGGUCAAGAUGGAGGUUGUUCUAGUACUCCUACCAAUGGACACAUGUCUUCACUACUGCUUAUGACAUUUUUUGAUGUAGCUUUUAGUCACAAGGAGCCUUGGUACAGUGUUUUAGACCGAUUACAAAGUAUGACAUGUACGUGGUCUUUAACCUGCAAUACUGCUUUUGUUAUUUAUAUCAAGCUAAUGACAAACUACUGUAGAGGACCUCACCUUUCUGCUAAUAUUUUGCUGUCCUUUCAUGGGACAACACUGAAGAAAUGAGACUUUGAUACAAGGUGAAGUGUUUGAUGUACAUAGCUGGCUACAUGUUUGAUGUACAGUAUAAGUGUGUACAUAAGUGAGUACACAAAUGUACAGUAUAAGUGUGUACAUGGCGGGCUACAUGUUUGAUGUACAGUAUAAGUGUGCACAUAAGUGAGUACACAAAUGUACAGUAUAAGUGUGUACAUGGCGGGCUACAUGUUUGAUGUACAGUAUAAGUGUGCACAUAAGUGAGUACACAAAUGUACAGUAUAAGUGUGUACAUGGCGGGCUACAUGUUUGAUGUACAAUAUAAGUGUGUACAUGGCGGGCUACAUGUUUGAUGUACAGUAUAAGUGUGUACAUGGCGGGCUACAUGAGUGAGUACACAGAUCAAGUGUCAUUUCUUCAGUGUUAAUCAAAAAAUAAAUGCAGAAAUGUGUACUCUCUUUUUGUGAGGUACUGCUGGAUUUCCCCCAGUGGACUUUGACACUAGUCCUUGCUGCACUAGAGCAACUCUCAUGACAAUAAUAAUAAUAAAGUCUAUCAUUUUAAAGUAAGAUAUGUAGCUUUUGCAUCGUUAUGUGUGAGUUAACACUGAAUAAUGUUGGCCACUUGCCCGCUGCUCAAACACAGCAAAUGUAUUUGAGCAUGUGGAAGUUCUCCUGCUAUGACGUGCAGCACAGGAGUCCCAGUAGUCCUCGUAGUCCUCGUAGUCUCUUCCAGUGUGCAGGACAACUACAGGGAUAAAAGUAAGGCGUUGUUCAUUAAAAUAUUUUUUCUAACGUC